UUGAAGACUGUAUUGGGAGGAAUUGUUUGAAAACACAUCGUAGUUUCACAGAGAAAGUAGGACAUCAAAUUCAAGAAAGUCAACCAAGGAAAAGUAGUCAUCUGAGAAGUUUUUUCACCAAAGUUGAAGGUUCUGUCGACUUAGUUUUGUUGAACUGUCAAAAUAAUAGCUUGCAAUUUCUUGUUGUAAGAUUUUCGACUACUAUCAUGGCUGAAAACCGAUACAGCUGUGACUAUGCACGACUCGGAACUUCCAAAUGUAAGAAAUGCAAGCAGAAGAUAGAUAAGAAAGAAGCGCGUAUUGCAAAGCUUGUCUCGAAUCCUUUCUCUGAAGAUGGUGGUGAUAUGAAGCAGUACUUUCAUAUUGGAUGUAUGUUUGAGACGUUCCAGCGUGCCAGAGCAACGACAAAGAAAAUAGAAGAUCCGAGUGAUUUGGAGGGAUUUCAAGACAUGGAAGAUGAGGAGAAGGCUACCAUUAGGAAGCAUAUUAAUGAGUUGCAGGCCAAGCUAUCAACUCCAAAGAAGACACCAACAAAAAAGAAAGCUGCACAAGCAACCUUGACAACUGCAGGCCAAGUAGUGUCUCCAACGAAGAAAACACCAAUCAAAACACCUCAGAAAAUAGAUUAUGAAGAUAUCAAACCAAUAGUAUCUUCAAAGUCAGAUGACCCAAUGACACAGCGUGACAACUCAUUUCGCCAGUUUCGUAGAGUGUGUGCCGAUAUUGCUGAAGAACCAAGCUAUAAUGCUAAAACUCAACUCGUAUCCAACUACCUCAAGAAGGGGAACUCAGGAGAUGGUUUCAAAGGAGAUGUUUAUUUAUUAAUGAAAUUAUUACUACCGGGAAGUGUUAAAAGAGUGUAUAACAUCAAUAAUAAACAGCUUAUUAAGCUGUUCAGUCAGAUUUUUGGAGCCAGCCAGGAUGACAUGUUGACUGAUUUGGAACAGGGUGAUGUCUCUGAAACUGUCAAGAAAUUUUUUGAGGAAGAAUCAUCUUUGCCUCCAGCGAAAAAAAGUAUUUUGUCUUUGCAAGAGGUGGAUAAUUUUCUUGAUAGAAUGACUUUUUUGACCAAAGAAGAUGAACAGCAACAAGAAUUAACGAGAAUCGCUAAACAGUGUACAGGCAACGACCUUAAAACAAUUAUUAGACUACUCAAGCAUGAUCUUCGAAUGAAUGCUGGAGCCAAACAUAUACUGGAAGCACUUGAUCCAAAUGCAUAUGAAGCAUUUCAAGCAUCCAGGAACUUAAAAGACGUUGUGGAGAGAGUACAAGAAAAUAUCAAAGCAAGUAAUGGAGUGCCUAGUAUGAAAAAGAAACUCAGUGUGAGGGCGUCUUUGAUGACCCCUGUCUUGCCCAUGCUGGCUGAAGCAUGCAAAUCAGUUGAUUAUGCAUUCAAAAAAUGUCAGAAUGGAAUGUACGCCGAAAUAAAGUAUGACGGGGAAAGAGUUCAGGUCCAUAAAGAAGGAGACGAUUUCCAGUAUUAUAGUCGAAGUUUGAAACAAGUCCUCCCACACAAGGUUGCACACUUUAAGGAAUUUCUACCAAAGGCAUGUCCCCAUGGUAACAGUUUAAUUUUAGAUGCUGAGGUUUUACUAGUGGAUACUAACACUGGAAUACCUCUGCCAUUUGGAACCUUGGGUGUUCACAAGAAAGCAGCAUUUCAAGACGCUAGUGUGUGUUUGUUUGUAUUUGAUUGCUUACAUUUUAACGGAGAAAACUUGAUGGAUAAACCAAUCAUGGAACGCAAGAAGAUACUAAGAGAAAAUAUGACAGAGAUCCCAAAUAAAAUAAUGUUUUCAGAAGCCCACCUCAUAAAUAAACCCAUUGACUUAAAAGACUUAAUAAUGAAAACUAUAAGAGAAGGCUUAGAAGGAUUAGUUCUUAAAGACCUGAUGGGUCUUUAUGAACCAGGAAAAAGGCAUUGGUUGAAGGUGAAAAAGGAUUACUUAGCUGAGGGGGCCAUGGCUGAUACUGCAGAUUUAGUUGUACUAGGGGGUUACAUUGGAACUGGUAGCAAAGGUGGUAUGAUGUCUGUGUUCCUAAUGGGUGUACACGAUCCACACUCUGAUCAGUGGGUUACUGUGACUAAAUGCGGGAGUGGAUUUGACGAUAAGAAAUUAGAUCAGAUCAACAAGGCAUUGGAUGUCAAUAAAAUCAGCCAAGAAGUCAGCAAAGUACCAAGUUGGUUGAAAAUUAAUAAGUCUGUGGUUCCAGAUUAUAUUGUCAAAGAUCCCAAGAAUUCACCAAUAUGGGAGAUAACUGGAGCUGAAUUUACUCAAACAAAAACACAUACUGCAGACGGUAUCUCUAUUCGUUUUCCUCGAUGUACCAAAGUGAGAGAUGACAAAUUGAAAGAAGCAACAAACUUACCAAGACUCAAGGUUCUGUACAAGAAAUCCAAAGAGCACUCUGACAUACCUGAUAUGAUUGGUGGAUCCUCAAAACGAAAAAUUGAUUCAGAUUCCGAGGCCAGUACAUCUAAAAGUCCAUUGAAAGUUACCCCAACAUCAACUUCAGUCAAAAUGUCUCCAGCCAAAAAACUAAAAAACAAUAGUAGCGAUGGAAGUGAUUCAAAUCUUAUGAAACCUGUGUGUAAAUAUGGUGCAGACUGUUACCAGAAAAAUCCUAAACAUAUGGCUGCUUUUGAUCACUCACCAAAGAAAGGAUUCUCUGCUGCAUCAUCACCAGUCAAAGCACCACCAGCAAUCACGCCAUUAGUUAAGCAUUUACCAGAGGUGUUUACUGGUAUGCAGAUUUAUUUACCAAAAACUACUCCCAAGUUUGACAAGUUAAAACGCUACAUUAUUGCAUUUGAUGGUGAUGUUGUCGCUGAUUAUGAAAAAGACACCGCUACCCAUAUUGCUGUUGAUGACGUCAAAAAGGCUUUAAAUGGUAAUAAAUUCGUGACAACAAAGUGGUUAUGGGAAUGUAUUAAAAAUAAAAAGUUGGUGCCAAAGUAAGGUUACUGAAGUUGGAUUCAUUAAUGAAAUGAUCAUGGACUUCUUUGUUUAUCAAGAAACUAAAUCAAACAUGAAAACGAGAUUAAAAUCUAUCCGUC